AUCAAGGGUCGCUUAUUUUUUUUAAUAUAUAAUAUUCCGUCCUUUAUUUAAAAUAGAUUUUUUAUGACGUGGCAUGUACUAUAAAAGGCGAAUAAUGAACACCAAAACGAUGCGUUUACCGCCCCGUCGGGUUUCCAUGCCCACCAACAAGCGCAAAGAGAGAGAUGAUUUCAACCUCAAACGGUUAAACCCCCCACUUACAAAGUUACCUAAGCUGGCUGUCCCGUUAGCCGGCUCCGAAAAAGCCGCUCAGCCGGUCCUCUCCAACCAGCUCCUGGCUGGAUACCUGGCCCACGAGUACCUCACCCGGGGGACGCUGUUCGGCCAAACGUGGGACCCAGAUCGACCGCAACAAACGGCCGCCGAAGCCAAGAGGGGAAUCGGAGAAGACGUGGAUCUAAACGAGAGAUCCAGAGCCGGCGACGCCGAACCGAAGCCGGAGCCGAGGGAUGAGAUGCGCCAAAGGUACGUUGAAGUGGCUAGCUUGAUGAAGUCAGAUGGAGCCCACAUACCGGGCAUCUUCAACCCGAGCCAGCUCGCUCGAUUCUUACAGAUGUGAGGUUGUUUUCUCACACGUGGAGACACCUCAUUGGCCACCGUUUUUUCUCCUUUUUUUAUUUUUAAAAAGUAUUUUAUCCUUUUUUUUUUCCUCCGUCCAACUGGAGAAGUUCUCUGUGGAGUACACAGCCUCAGUUCAAUAGUUUAGU